CAUCCGAGUCAUACUUAAAACCGUACCACGUCUCGGCAGCCUUCCGCAUCCACCGCACCCACAACCCUCCUCUUACCCGAACAUCCAUCUCUCACCAUGUUGUCCCAAAAUUUCAUGCUAGAGAAAGAUCCUUUGUCUCUUGAGCGGAUCCGUCAAAUUUUGGUCCGCCUUGAAGAUACCAUCAUAUUUGAUUUGAUAGAGCGGGCGCAGUUCGCUCACAACCCCCGAAUCUACAUACGUGGCUCCUUUGACGAAUUGAGGGAUAUGGAAUUUGAUGGAAGUUGGCUCGAGUGGUUCUUGAAAGAGAUUGAAACUUUCCAUUCUAGAGCUCGUAGAUAUACAAGCCCGGAUGAAUACCCUUUCACGUCCAAUCUCCCUGUCCCAGUACUGUUACCCCUGGCUUUCCCAAAAAUACUAUAUCCAAACACUAUCAAUGCAAAUCCAUCAAUCUUGUCCUUCUACACUCGGUCCAUUGUUCCGCGGAUAACAAGGCGGGCAACUCUGGCGCUAGCAGCGAUCAAGCGCUCAAAUGGGAUUAUUGGAGAUGAAGAAUACGAGGACGAUGGUAAUUACGGGAGCGCAGCUACCAUAGACGUUGAAGUUCUGCAGGCAAUUAGUAAACGCGUGCACUACGGAAAAUUCGUUUCUGAAUCAAAAUUCAUUGCAAACCCCGCUGCCUUCAUCCCCCACAUUCUGACGCCUAAUCGAACCGCACUCGAGGCGUUGAUUACGAAACCGGAGGUUGAGCGCAAGCUGCUUCAGCGUUUACGCAAGAAAGCUGCCAUAUACGCACAAGAAUUCAGCGCAGAUGGUGACGCCAUAGUCAACUCUCAUUUGAAUGGUAGUGCAAAAAUUGAUGUUGAUGGUGUGGUGGAGUUGUACGAAAGCUAUAUCAUCCCUCUGACAAAAGAGGUCGAGGUCGAUUAUCUAUUGCACAGAUUGGAUGGUUUGUCACAGGAAGAGAUCGAUGCUCUCACUGCAUAGUAACGAAUUGCAUGGUUGGCUUUAUGAACCCAACUUACUUACGCUGAAUGACCCGCCUGCCUACCUCGAGGUACUACCAUACAUAAUCACAGUAGUCUUUGUUUUUGUUUUUCUAUCAGUUGUGUAUAUCUAGGGUUGUUGUCGCUUCCUGCCGACAUGCGUAUUUAUCUUGUGGUAUUCCACCACCUUUGGGAUGGACA